GGAAGGAUGGAAAGCAAAACCGCCCCGGGGAGUUUCGGUUUCUGCUCCUGCCCGCCGCGUGUCCCGACGAGCCAGGCGAGGAAGGAGGAGAAGCAGACCUUUCUCGGCUUCUCUUGUCCCGGCCAUGUCGACCCCUCCACUGCGGUUGAAGGAGUGGCUGGUGGAGCAAGUGGAGAGCGGGCGCUUCCCGGGACUCUGCUGGGAGGACCGCGGCCGGAGGGUCUUCCGCAUCCCCUGGAAGCACGCCGCCAAGCAGGACUAUUGCCAGAGGGAGGACGCAGCUCUCUUCAAGGCCUGGGCCAUCUACAAGGGCAAGUACCACGAAGGGCAGGACAAGGCCGACCCCUCUGUGUGGAAGACCCGGCUCCGGUGCGCCUUGAACAAGAGCACCGACUUCAAGGAGAUCCCGGAACUGAGCCACUUGGACAGUUCGGAACCCUACAAAGUGUAUCAGGUGGUGACCAGCCCUGCUCCUCCUGAAUUCCACCAAGAAACAGAUAAAGAAAAUAGCAAAGAGUCCCUCCAGGAGCCAAACAUACCCACGACGUCUGCACAACAAGAACGGAGACCCAAUGGCAGAUCAAGCAAGGCCAGCACGGCAUCCUCAGAGUCAGGCGAGGAAAGCAAGGACAAGCCCAUGCAAACCGGCCAGGACCCUUCAGGGCUGGACCAGGCUUCCCCAGAAGCAGCCCAUGCCGAGCAACAGGGCGUUCAAGUGAAAGGCUUUUUCUAUGGCUAUACUCCAGCUCAGCUUCGGUGCCACACGGUGCCGCACGUCAUCAGCCCCAGCUCCCAGUGCGCAGACAUAGAGAGCAUCAACUCAGACUUCUGGCUGCACAUUCGCCUCUACUACUGCAACGUCCUGGUGAAGGAGGUGACCACCAGCACGGCCGAGGGAUGCCGCUUGACCUUCCUCCCGGUGCCUGUCGACAACCCCUGCCUCUAUGGCCCCAGCGGCAUGGAGCAGAUCCAGCUGCCCUCCCCAUCUGUCCUGGCCGGAAACAGCCGGCUGUCGCGUGGGGCGGGAGUGCUGAGCCGGCUGCUACCCCACCUGCACCGGGGAGUGCUCAUGUGGGUGGCCCCCGAGGGGGUCUUCCUCAAGCGACAGUGCCAGGGGCGCGUUUACUGGAAGGGGCCCUUGGCACCCCAUGCGGACCGGCCCAACAAGCUGGAGCGCGAGAAGACCUACAAGCUGAUGGACGCCGAGCAGUUCCGACAACAGUUGGAGACGUACAAGAGCCACGGAGAGCCACCUCCUCAGUACCAGAUCAGCUUAUGCUUCGGGGAGGAAUAUCCUGCUGCCCCCAACCAGAAAUUCCAGGGCUUCAUCAUGGCACACGUCGAGCCGGUCUUUGCCCGGGAUUUCUUCCUUCGUGUCCAGCAGUCGGUUUCCAGUUCACUCCAGAACUCUCUCUGCGGCAAUGCGGAUGCUUCCAGGAACGUGAGCCAGAUCCUGAAGCAGAUGUGCUCCCCUUGAUGGGCCUGGAAGUCCGGCUCGUUUGGAAAUUGGGGAAUGCCAACACUGUCCUUCAUCCAGGACAAAAUCCUGAUUGCAUUGAGCACCGAGCAAUGUGGAAGGAGGGCAUUUACCCUGAUCCAAGGCAAUGCACUCGUUGCAACUUAGACUCCUGUCCAGCAUUGGCUUUGAUGGCAGGGAAUGGAAGAAUGGCUUGCUCUGAAAGUGUCCAGGAGUUGACGGAUUUGAACUGAGGGUUUUUUAAAAAAAAAAAUCUAUUUUAAUGUUUGCUCAUUUGUAUAUUUUAAAUUGUAUGCUAUUGCUUUUAUGUCAGGUUGCUUUGAGUUCCCUUCAAAGAGAUAAAGCAAGAUAGAAAUAAAUAUAAUAGUAAUAACAACAACAACAACUGCAAAAGGCCACCUGACUUGGAUCUGCUCGCAUCAUUCGAAAAUGCAUCACACAGUCCUAGACGCUUGGGAAGUGUUCAACUUGUGAUUUUGUGAUACGAAAUCCAGCAUAUAUAUCUCGUUUGCUGUGA